AUGUCACUAACUAGUAAAGAACUAAAUUAUUUAAUAUGGAGAUAUCUUCAAGAAUCAGGAUAUGAUUUAUCUGCCUAUGCAUUAGACCAACAAUCACAAUGUUCUGAAUAUGAAAACAAUCCCACUACUCAAGAACUUAUACAGAAAAUAAAACCUGGAUGUCUUGUUGAUUUAAUUCAAAAAGGGAUAUUAUAUAUGGCUGCAGAACAAGAGGCCACUGAUUCUACUACAAAUUUAUCAUUAUAUGGAGCAUUAAUACAAGACGAUUUGAACAAUUUAAAGGACAAUAAUAAUAUUAGCAAUGGAAGUAAUGGUUCGAGGUUUGCAUUGAAAUCAGAGAUAGAAACAAAUGGGGAACAAAAAGAUUCAGAAAAACAAACCAAUAAUGAUAAAGAUAACCAAGAUAUAGAAAUGACCGAUGCAUUGAACAAAGAGGUACAACAACAGGAAAUAAUUGAAUUUGAAACGCAAUUACUUUCACCACAGCUUAAAUUUGCUCCAAGUUUGACAUGUGACUGGCAUCCAACAACUGAAGUGUUUGCUUAUGGCAAAGAUGAUGGUACUGCCACAAUAAAUGCUAUUCAAGAUGGCAAAAUAAUUGAAACAAGAACUUUAACCCAUCCAAAUCUUUUGAAUAUUAAAAACCAAAUCAACAUUGUAUCAUGGUCACCUCAAGGUAGUUUAAUUAUAACAUGUGGAGCAAAUAGUGAAUUAAGAGCUUGGUCACCGGAUGGGAAAUUGAAAAACAUUGCCAGUACUAUUGUUGAUGAAGCAAUUUCAUUGGAAAACACUAAAUUAAUCAGUAUAAUCUCAUCAUUGUCAUGGAGCCCAACAGGGAAAUUUUUAUUGUCAAUAGAUAGCCUGAAUCAAGUAUGUAUUUGGGAUGGCACAACAAUAUCUCUAAUAAAACAAAUCAAAAAUUUGGAAAUUAAUGAUGAUUCAGUGGUUUGUUCUUGUUGGUUGAGUGAAGAUAAAUUUGCUGUCACUACUAAUACCAAUGGCAUUAAAAUUUAUGAUAUAUUACAACCUCCAUCAUCUCAUUUUGGGAAUCAAUUAGAUGUGCAACCUAUAGGUUUAUUGAAUGGACACGAACACAAUAUUUCACUCAUGAAAUUAAACCCUGUGACAAAAUUAUUAGCCACAUGUUCUGAUUUCGAUUAUUCGAUAAAAGUAUGGAGUAGUUCUUCUUCUCAAGAAUGUUUGGAUUUGAAUAUUAAUCCUGAAAAAAAAUACACUUUGAAAUUACAUGCAGCACCAAUGAUUGGAUUAAUCUGGCUACCUGAUUCCAAUUCAAAUGAACGUAGUUUAUUAUUAAGUGUUUCCAUGGAAGGUAUUCUAAAUAUUUGGGAUGCUAAAACUUCGGAAAACAUCAAAAGUUCUGAAUUGUUUAAUAAUAAAGAUAACUUUACCAAUGAAUUGAAAGACGACGACAACAACAACGACAACAACAACAAUGACACCACUAUUAAAGAUGUUUUGGUAUUCAAUGCAGUAUUGUCACCUGAUGGGAAAUACCUUGCCUUGGGGGAUGAUUAUUGUCGAGUAACAAUAUGGGAUGUUGACACAACUCAUUAUCUAAAUGAACCAAAAGAUCUUAUCAGAUGCAAAGCAGUUUAUAAACCAGAAAUAUCCGCUGAAGACAAAUUAAAGGCAACUAUAGGGAUUUGCGAUAUGAAAUGGGAUCAUGAAUCUAAAWUUAAUAUGUGUUUCCUACAAUGGUAUGGAAAGUGUUAUAAUCAACACAACAUAAAGAAMCCMAAAAAAAAAAAGAAAUCUUUGUAA